ACCAAACACUUGUCAACUUGGUCAAACUUGCCUAAGGUAAAGUGUGGCAAAGUGUGGCUAGCAACCAAACAGCCCCUCCGUCCGCCACCCACGCCACCAUGUUUCCGUCUCCCUAUAUGUCUGCCAGCCCGCCACCCAUGUUUCCGUCUCCGUAUAUGUCUGCCAGCCUGUUUCUGUCUCUGUAUGUCUGCUCGGACAAGGGUAUGCGAUGACAGAGGCAGGCCCCGUGCUCUCCAUGUGCAUGGCGUUUGCCAAGGAGCCGUUGCCGGUGAAGUCCGAUGCCUGCGGCACGGUGGUGAGGAACGCCGAGCUCAAGAUCAUGGACCUGGACACCGGGCUGUCCCUCCCCCGCAACCAGCCCAAUGAGAUUUGCAUCAGGGGCAAGCAGUUGAUGAAAGUGCCGCCGCUGCGUCGGCACGUUCGCUCGUCUCCCCAUAUCGUCGAUGCGUCGGCCUAAGGUGGCGGCUCUGUUCAAUGGCCACGGUGCCACACGUGAGCAAUGAAGACGAGGCAAGGGAUGGUUUGGCACGGAGCAUGGCUUGGAGCAGCAGGAGCCAAGCGGGUACACCGGCUUCGACUAGCGAGGUGAAGAAGUGAAGGUUCAACAGACUACUCAAACUAAAGACGCAAUUUGUAUUGCGGUGGAGUUGGAACCCAAAUAUGCAUCUCUCUCUUCUCAACCCAAUUCUCUCCCACAGCAACGAUGGUGGCAGCGAGCACUGACCGCCAACGAGCCUAGCACCGCGAGGCGAGCUCCAUCGGACCUCCAUCGAACCAGCGGUGAACUCCAUCGGGCGAACUCUGCACACGAGCGUUGCAUCACGAGGGCGACCUCCGUCAACGGGUCCACGAGCGUCCGUGAGGGCGUCCGGGAGUUCCACUCGCGUCCUCUGACGGGCAGCCGCGAGAUCCGCUCGAGCUCGGCAUUUGCUCGAGGUGGAGGCACUCCUCGUGGUGGCUCACGAGCUCGGCCUCGGUGACCUUCAGGGGCGGGGCGGCGACGCAGGACGCCUUGCACGUGGCGGCCUUGGAUGGCGCCAACGCAGAUGCAGUGAUGGCGGUGGCCUCAGCCUUGGCGAGGCAGCUGGCAGCGUGGCGUGGGGUUGGUCUACGCAUGCUGGUCGUGACGGGUGGGGACGAUGGAAUCCGCCGACCGUGUAGCUCCAUGCUCGGGGACUGUUCUUUUGUCUUCCCUGUUGGAGAGGUAUCUUCUAUUGGAGAUAGUCUAAGACAGGGCAGGGUGGCGUCACUUCACCUUCGACUACACUCCCUUAUGUAAAAUCAAGGGUAUGCUUUUAGUUCUGCCUUCCAUUUCUGAUCAAUCCUGUGAGGAAAGUAGCAUGCAAUGUUGAAUUUCUUUCUCAUUCCUGAAUGUGCACAUGGUAACUCCAAAAACAUAAUAUGUAUUGAAAGAUUUGCUAACAUGGCUAUGUGGGCAGAUGAUCACAUGUAGGAAGCACAGAUAAGAGAGUGAAAUGCACAACGGCUCAUAAAAUCAUCUUGGCAACGAGAAGGCUGAGGGAAAGGAUAAGAUGCAGGAAAACACAGAGGAGCAGGGUCUCGUGAGGGAAGAUAACGUUUCAUCGAUCAGCCAUGCAGAGGAGCGCAGAGUUUUGGAGGAAGAACUUGGCUGGGCUAGACUGGAGCGGCAGAAAAUCCUCGCCCUUUCUGCGGAGGCUGAUGAUGCAAUCUGGCAUCUGGCCUCACUGGCACGAAGGAGGAUGCAAGAAAGGGACGAGGCCAGGAACCAAGCGAGGAUGCUGCUCGCGGACCUGCAGGCAAGAAACGCCCGCAUGGUGGCGGCGCUUCCGGGAACGCCGUGCUCCAGAGUUGCACGGCCUGAUGCGUUCGCUGCCACCGGCUACAGGCACAACCAGGCUCUUCCUCCGGAGUUGAGGCCUCUCGGCGGUACGAUGGUGCAGGGGCAGCGUGCCCGUGCAGGAACUGGCUACUGCGCUGCUGCGCCGUCCAGCGGCUUCGGCCACAGGAGGAACAUCAUCGGCUCGUCUCUGGACGCCUACGCUGUUCAGCCGUCUCUACAUGAUGGCUUCGCUUCCACGAGCCAGGAUCACUUCGAUCCUGACAUGUUCCUGGUCGACGUCGCGGAAUCGCCGCAAGAUGUCGUUCCAGUUCCGGCCACUGCAGAGUCCUGCCAGGGGAGAAGCUCCGGCUCCGGCACUUAUGGUCAUAUUUAAGCCUUGUUUUGUUCGCAAAAAUUUUCAAGAUUUUCCGUCACAUCGAAUCUUUGGUUGCAUGCAUGGAGCAUUAAAUAUAGACAAA